UUAGAAAUAGAAGCGUAUCGCUUUGGAGAACACUGGCCAUCGCUUAAUCCCACGCGAACCAAUCACGUUGCGAUAUUGACGACGACGCGGCGGCGGCGGCGACGACUACGAAGGGAUGGCGAGGCGAGGGGGAUUGCAGGAGGAGUACGAUUAUCUGUUCAAGAUGGUCUUGAUCGGCGACUCGGGUGUCGGCAAAUCCAACCUCCUCUCCCGCUUCACCAGAAACCAAUUUUCCAUCGACUCCAAGUCCACCAUCGGCGUCGAAUUCGCCACCCGCACCCUCCAGGUUGAAGGCAAGACGGUAAAAGCACAGGUAUGGGACACAGCAGGUCAAGAACGAUACCGAGCAAUCACCAGUGCCUACUACCGUGGUGCCCUUGGUGCACUCCUUGUUUAUGAUGUAACUAAGCCUAAGUCCUUUGAAAAUGCCAGUCGUUGGCUCAAGGAGCUCCGUGAUCACGCUGAUUCAAACAUCACAGUCAUGCUCAUUGGUAAUAAAACUGAUCUCAAGCAUCUCCGUGCCAUCGCCACAGAGGAUGCUGAAAGCUUUGCUGAGAAGGAAGGCAUUUUCUUCAUGGAGACCUCUGCCCUCGAGGCUACCAAUGUGGAGAAGGCAUUUCAGAUCAUUCUUUCCGAGAUAUAUACCAUCAUGUGCAAGAAGUCCCUGAUCUCUUCCACAGGACCCAGGCUGAAGCCAGGAGCUUCUGAGAACAUAAAGGGAGGAAACACCAUUGAGGUGACAGAGACUAAUGCUACCAACACACAAAGUAGAUGCUGUUCAACAUAGCGAUCGAUAUACUCCAUCCUAUAUUGCCUUCACAUGAUGUAUAACCCAGGAAUGAAAACAAAUAUAGUUUUUAUUGGAAUUAUGUGCUCAAAUGGAAAGCAUUUCCCAAGCUCGCGAGCUGUUGACUAAAUCUAAUUUGAAUGUCGUGAAGUUCAGUUCAGUUCAGCCCUUUUGUUCA